GCCCUAAUCAUAAACAUUCUCAUUAGCAUUUUAAAGGUUUUGACAAUUUGCCUAAAGGGUUCAAUUGCUAAGUCAGAAUUAAAAAGCUCGUAUAUUUGGUAGUCCACAUGACUUUUUUAGCAGAUAAAAAAGAUCAUCAUUCAUAAAUACUGUGUUAAAAGGUUAACCCUUUGCGGUCGUUGUCAUGUCUGACAUGACACCAGGCGUAGUCGUUCACGUUUACACAAAACUUUGCUUUGAGAUCGUUUGUCAUGCCCUACAUGACAAGGCAAAAAGCCGAUUCUACUCGUUGUCAUGUCUCUCAUGACACAUUUUCAAAGUCGAUUUACUCGUUAUUCAUUUAUACCAUGACAAAACCGAUAACAAAUUUGAAUUCCGCGGGAAAUUUUAUUUAGGAAUACACAUGCUUUUUUUAUGCAAGUCGUGACUUAUUUGGCAACCUUGCGAUUUUUUUGUUGAGUGCCGGUCGCUACACGUGCAUUCUUAUUUAGUCUUAUUUGAGUAUUUGAGAGAGUUAGGUAUGCAGAUUUUGUUUGUGUUUUUUUAAUAUUUUGUAAGAUUCGGAUGUUUGUUUAUAGUUGUAAUUAUGGCGAAAAGAGCCUUAACGGACACGGAGUUAGAGGAACUAUUAUACGUAGACGAGGAGGAGUUUGACUUGGAUCAGUUUAGUUCAGAGAGUGACGAAUGGGAGGAUAUAGAUCAAAAUCUCAGUGAAAAUGAUUCUGACGAAGAGUCUGAGGAACGUGUUUAUAAUUUAAAUUUAUGGAGGCCAUGGACAGCAAAUGAACCAAGGUUUAAAAUAUUCCCUUUCUUAGAAGAUGUUGGAUACCAUCCACCACGAAAUAACCAGCCAGUGUUCGAACUAGAUUUUUUUCAGUUAUUUUUUACGGACGAACUUAUACAAGCAAUUGUGGAUGAAACAAAUAGAUAUGCUGCAGAAAAAAUUUUAAUAAACACGCCACUCACAAAAAGGUCAGUUUGGAAGUCUUGGAAACCAGUCACAUUAGAAGAAUUUAUGGCAUUUUUGGGCGUUUUACUUAAUAUGGCCUUAAAUCCAAAGACCGAACUAUCUGACUAUUUUUCUAAUAACUGGAUCGACCAUCAACCCUUUUUCAAAGAUAUUUUUUCGAGGGAUAGAUUCAUGCAAAUUUUUUGGAAUCUUCACGUUUCUCCACCCGAAGAAGAGCAGAUGGGAGUGAAGAGUCGUAGCACCAAAGUGAAAAAUGUGUUAUGGUAUCUAGAAACACAAUUCAAGAAGUUUUAUACUCCAGAUAAGAAUAUUUCUGUAGACGAAAGUACUAUUGGUUUUAAAGGCAAAGUAUCCUUUAAAGUUUAUAAUAAAGCCAAACCUACAAAAUGGGGAAUAAAAGUAUAUGUGCUUGCAGAUUCAAAAAAUGGUUACAUAUUUACGAUGGAGCCAUAUUUGGGAACUCAAACAACCCAGGGAUUGAUACGCCCAGAUUUACCAGCAACCGCCCGCAUAGUAGUUCAUUUGGUGCAAAAACUUCUUAAUUCUGGAACUGGUUCGGGAGGUUACCAUAUAUUUAUAGAUAGAUAUUAUUCAAGCCCUUUGUUAGCACGCGAGUUACAUAAAAUAAACAUACAUGUAACGGGUACUGUAAUGGCUAAUCGACAAGGAAUUGCGACAGAAUUAACUACCGCAUAUACAAGAAAAUUUAAAAAAGGCGAGAUAUCUUCCAGGCAUGACAAUUCUAUAUCAGUACUGGCAUGGAAAGAUAAAAGAGUUGUUCUUAUGUUAUCUAGUGUAUAUGACAACUCAGUACAAAAUAUAACCAGGCGAACGAAGACAGCUGAAGGGCGUUGGAUUGAAGAAGUCAUAGAAAAACCUACAGUUAUAUAUGAGUAUAACAAAUUUAUGGGAGGGGUUGACGUUGCUGAUCAUUAUGCAGCAAGCUACCAAUUUUUGCGAAAAACAAGUAAAUGGUGGCGAAAAGUAUUUUUCUGGUUAUUAGAUGUGUCGAUAAAUAAUGCCUUUAUAUUACAAAAAAUAGCAACAAAUAAUCAGCAACUUCGAUCGAGGAAUUUCAGGAAAAAAUUAGUUAUUCAAUUAGUUGGAAACUACAGAAAUACAUCCAGACGUCGAUCAGCUUAUGGUGCCGAGGAUAUUUCUCGUCUAAAUAAUAGGUUCCAUGCCAUUUAUGCAAGAAAAAAUAAUUCCGAUUGCAAAGUUUGCAAUGAUCGAUCAAAAAAAGGUGGCCGAAAAACUACUACCUAUUGUUGCAAAACAUGUAAAGACCACCCUGCUUUGCAUCCCGGGGAGUGCUUUGAGAAAUAUCACACCGAGGAAAAUUACAGAUAAAUACGUGUUCUUUUUU